AUGCCUUAUAGGACAAUGGUAACAGUAGUCACAACAACAGGGAUAUCUGCCCUCGUUUUAAAAAAGAUUGGUGCCCGCACAGUACAUUCAGCUUUUGCCCUAGAUGAUGGGAGACAUAACAAUGAAGAUCUGGCCACUCGUAUUUUGAAGGACCCUCAAUACAGAGACAGAUACAACGAAAUCACCAAUAUGAACUGCCUUAUUUUGGAUGAGGUGUCCAUGUUAUCCAAGAGGAUGUUCGAGCAAUUGGAGUAUAUUAUUCGUGUUGUAAGAGGAUCUGAGAUUCUGUUCGGGGGAGUGCAAGUAAUUUUCAGUGGUGAUUUUUAUCAACUGCCACCUGUCCCAAAUCAUGACUAUGGAGAUUAUGGGCAUUUUGCUUUUCAGUCAGACAUCUUUAGCCAAGUCUUCCGUCAUAACAUUUUGUUAACAGAUGUCAAACGGCAGGAGGAUCCUUUAUUUAUUGAAGCUAUUCAGGAGUCAGCAAGAGGUUCUAUAUCUAAAACAUCUGAUGACUAUCUUUUGGGACUCUCUCGUAGCCUACACGAUAAAUCUAACCCAACUUUUCUGUAUGCAACCAAAUUUGAGGUGGAGUACCACAAUGCCAAAGCGCUACAAAGACUACCCGGAGAGCCGACAAUUAUUACUUCUCAAGAUGAGGGUGAUGAAGAUCAACUGAAGAAAAUGCCAGCACCACACGUAAAUUCCUUGAAUUUUUAA